GGAAAAGGUGUGAUAAAAGCAAUUAAAAACGAAAAUACUCCGACACAAAUAUAGGAACUAUGCUCACGGGCGAUUACGAAAUACUGAAAAUUCAGGACGAGAACAGUGGGUGCAACACGCCUGGUUAUCAACAGGGCGGACUGGUUAAUCAUUUGAAGCGCUCCUUCUGUUGAUUAUCACGUGUUCAGAAGUCAAAUGUCUCCCGCAGAAGGACGCCGGUGGUGUAACGAGAGGAUUUAUUAGACUCGUUUAAAUUAAGGCUCGCCGAGUAAUUGUUUUCUUUUUUGGUCACCAUGUCUGUUCGAGUCGCCGUGGAGUGUUUGACGUGGCGCCGCUGGAGUUGUUUACGUGGACGUCAAAGUGUCAUGGCGGCCGCCAGCAGGAGAGAAUGCAGCAAGCUAGCAACAAAACAGCAAGAUAAAUUACCGAAGAGGUCCACGUUCCCACCGGCACCGAGCGCAACACACGACUGGAUCGGCCCGCCCAACCCCCUCUCCAACAUGCGACCCAUCGUCUACCGUGUGCCCCCGAACGAGUCGGUGCUGGAGAGACGCCUAAGGAACAUGCGGCAGGAAACCGAGGACUGGAACCACCAAUUCUGGAGCCAACAGAACCUCACCUUUGGCAAGGAAAAAGACGCCUUCAUUGUGUCGCAGCUGAAAGCAAACGGCUUGACCGAGCGAGACCAACAAGGCCGCCGCCGCACUCUGACCAGUGAGGAAAUGUCCGUCUUCUACAAGGACUUCUUGGACAAAAACCGACAGCGCCAUAUCAAUUACAACAAGUCUGUUGUCUCACACACGCACGCAUGCAGGCACAGGCACGCACGCCCACACGAAUGCAGUCAUUGGAAUCAUGGCGACGGUUUUGCGUGUACUUGCAGGGAGUGGUACCGGCGCAACUUGUCAAUCACCUUCCUCAUGGCCCGCGUUGCAUUGCACAACCUGUGGAAGAGGGUCGGUCGGACUAAACGCCGCAAUACACCCGCAACUUGAUCACAUACGCCUGUCAAUCAUCUGCUGGAAAGUCACUUGAUUAGGUAUAAAUGCCAACGGACAUCGUGUGCACUGACUGGGAAUCACACUCAGCAUACUGAAACGUGAUUGCUUCCAAAUAAAGCAAAGUCC